AAAGCAAAACAGGAAGUGUUGUGCUGGCGGGAAAUGCAAGUGUAACCCUAACAACUGUUACCAAAGCUACUGAGAGCUUAACAGACUAGUUAGCUAGUUCUCUGAGUUGAAUUGAAUGUCCCCCUAUCAAAUUUAGCUGAACGAUCGACAAUCAGAGGUUGAUCAUGAGGGCUGAGAUGGAUAAAAUCGUCACCCUGUCAGAUGGAGACAGUACAGCUGAACUUCAGAAGUACCUGUCCUCUCUUACAGAUGACCAGUUGAUCACUGUGAUUACGAAUGGUGCACUAAAGGGCAGGAAGGUCGGUACCAUGAUUAAAGGCAUAUUUAAAGGCUCUCCAGCCAAUUCCACUGAAGGGUCAAACCGCAGACUUCUUGUCUAUCAACACUGCAUCCCUCUGUGUGAGUCUGGGGAUCUUCAGACUGAGGUGGCAGCUGAUAUCAUCGGACUGCUAAUGCUGGAGACUCACACACUGCCCGGACCGUCUCUUGCAAAACUGGCGUCUCUUUUUGUUGAAGCCAUUAAGGUGGGAAAAAUGGGCAGUGGGAAAUCCCUGGAGCUAUUUCCUACUGUGCUUACUGCCCUUUCAGCCUGUGAGGCCUUGUCUUAUGGCAAAGGUGAACUCAGUGGCGAGGAAUACAAGAAACAGCUGAUCAACAGCCUCUGCUCAAGCAGAUGGGACCCGCAAUGUGUCAUCCACCUGACGACCAUGUUCAGGGAUGUGCCGUUGUCAUCAGAGGAGCUGCAGUUUUUGGUGGAGAAAGUACUGAGGAUGUUCACCAAGCUGGACCUGCAGGAGAUCCCACCACUGGUUUAUCAGCUGCUGCUUUUAUCUGCAAAGGGUUGUAAGAAACAGGUCCUGGAUGGAAUCAUCUGUUACUUUAAGGAGCAAGACUUUCGCCAGGAAGAGGAGCAGAAACACGGAGAGAGCCUGGAUCUAGAGGUCCAGUCCAUCCCACAGGACCAGCUGAGGCACGUGGAGGGCACCGCUAUCCUCCACAUAGUCUUUGCUGUACGACUCGACCAUGAACUCGGGAGAGAAUUCCUUAAAAGCUUUAAGACAUCUUAUGGGGACCUGUGCCCUUUCAGUGUUGCCCUGUUGCUCUCCGUGGCACGCAUCCAGCGUUAUGAAGAGCAGGUGUUCGACCUUUUAAAAGGGGCAAUCAUCAAGAGCUUCAAGGAUGAGCAGCUGCAGCAGGGGUCAAAGUUCCUGCAGGACCUCCUGCCCGGGCACUGCAGCGUGGCUCAGAUGAUACUGGACACAGUCAAGAAUAGCGUGUUUGGUUGGGAUCAUGUGACCCAGGGGCUGGUGCAGCUGGGCUUCUUCCUCAUGGAUGCAUUCGGACCCAAACCUGCACCAUUUGGCAAGAUCACAGAAGGGUCCGCCACCGCCACCAUAGCCCGGACCCCCGCUCAGCAGGCCUGUAAGCUGGGAGGAAAGGUGCUCUUGCAGGGCUUUAAGAUGCACGAGACCAUCAGAGGCGAGAUACUGGAGCAGGUCUUGAACCGAUUAGUCUCAAAGACAGCCUCACCUGUCAAUCAUUACUUAGACCUUUUCUCUGAUAUUGUGGUCUCUGCUCCCAUGAUCCUCCUGGAGUCAUCUUCCAAGGUGACGGAGACAUUUGACCACCUGUCGUACCUGCCUUUGGCCACAGUUCAGGGUCUACUAAAAGCUGUUCAGCCCCUGCUCAAAGUCAGUAUGUCCUUGAAAGAUGCUUUGAUACUAGUUCUCCGCAAGGCCAUGUUUUCCAGCCAACUGGACGGCAGGAAGUCUGCAGUGACCGGCUUCUUGUUGCUGCUGAAGAACUUCAAAGUGUUGGGCAGCUUAGCCUCGAGCCAGUGUAGCCAGGCGAUCUCCUCUAGCCAGAUCCAAGUGGACGUUCACUCCCGUUACAACUCUGCUGCCAACGAGGCGUUCUGUCUGGAGAUCCUCAGCAGCCUGCGUCGCUGCCUCGGCCAGCAGGCCGACGUUCGCCUCAUGCUUUAUGAGGGUUUCUAUGACGUUCUCCGUCGCAACUCUCAACUUGCAAGCUCCAUCAUGCAGACCCUCUUCUCACAGCUGAAGCGGUACUACGAGCCCGAACAAGACCUCCUGCCCCCGGUGAAACUGGAACCGUGCAUCACAGCGCUCGGAGACCAAGUCUACCUCCAGGAGCCACUGGCCCAUCUGGUGAGCUGUACUGUACAUUGCCUGCUGUGGCUGCAGAACAUGCGCCGAUCGGCCAACCGAAACGCUUACGACAGCGAUGACGGUGAGGAGGAGGAGGAGGAGGAGGAGGAGGAGGGAUACCAGUCUGAACUACAGACAAUCUUAGAGAGCAUGACGAGACGCAUGAUCAAGAGUGAACUGGAGGACUUUGAACUGGACAAGUCAGCCGAGUUCUCCAUGGGAUCCAGUGUCGGGGUGAAAAAUAAUAUCUAUGCUGUGCUGGUGAUGGGAGUGUAUGAGAUCCUUAUGGAGUACAACUUCAUCAAAGCCAACUACGGUAAAAGCCACUUUGAGGAGCUCAUGGAGCUGUUCAACCGCUACCAUAAACUGGCUGAGAUCCUGAAGGAGAAAUCCGGAAAGGGUCGAGCGCCUUCACACAAGAGCCCUCGCAGUUUACUCUCUUUGGGCUUCGUAUCGACUCUCCUCACUGUGCUCUUCAGAGACAGUACUCAGAGCAGAGAGGAGGCUCUGUCAGUGCUUCGCUCAAGUGGAGAAUUUGUGCGUUAUGCAGUAAAUGUGGCCGUACAGAAGAUCCAGCAGCUGGAGGAAACCGGACACACAGACGGCCCAGAUGGACAGAACACAGACAGAACUUUCCGCUUCCUCUGUGACAUGACGAGUGUGCUGAUGUGGCGUUACACCAACAUCCCCGGCGUCGUGGAAGACGCGGGGAAGAAAGAGAAGCGCUCCAGUCUGUCCCUGCUGUGUCUGGAAGGUCUGCUCAGGAUCUUCACAACCUGUCAGCAGCGAUAUCCAGACAGGAUGGCCCAGCUCCUCUCCACCAUGGACGUCUCAGAGGACGACGCCGAGCCAGACGAUGGCAACGUUACAGAGAUGAACUUCUUUUACAUCCGACAGUUUCAGAGGGCGCUGUUCACACAGUUAAGUGGAGGUGAGGAGGAAUUUAACAGCAAAGAGGCUCAGCUGCUGGUCAGCAUCCUGAGCGUGCUCUCACGCCAGCUAAAGCCCUCCUCCCAACAGUUCGUACAGAUGAUCACAUGGACUGUGAAAAUCUCCAAGGAGACCAGUUUCGAGGAUUCUGCUUUCUCCAAGGGUCUGCUCUCUCUUCUCUUCAACCUGCAUGUUCUCUAUAAGAGUCCUGUUAGCCUGCUGCUGGAGCUCUGUCAAGACAUCCACAGCCAACUGGGAGAUAUCGAUCAGGUACACACAAAUUACACUUUACAGUGUUCAGAGCACGAGCAAUUUGACGUUACAGUUAUAUGUUGCAGGUGCCUGGGUCAAAAUUCACUUUUCUUUCUGUGUGGUCAGGAUGUGGAGGUGGAAAAACAGUCUCACUUUGCCAUUGUCAACAUGAAGACUGCAACCACAGCAGCACUGCUGGUCCUGUCCCAGGUUGACAGAGUGCUCGAUGAAGUGGACUGGCUGAUUGCCAGGAAGAAAAGCCAGACGGCCUCCGACAAAUCAGGUUCUGGUGAGGCCACCCAGACCGCAGGCCAGCAGGAUCCAAUAGAGAAAGCAGUGACGCUGCAGCUCGGGACUCUUCUGACGGCGUUAAAUGAGCUGGUUCAGACUGCGCUGCUGCCGGGCACCUGCACCAUUACACUGCUGAGAGAGCUGAGUCGCACAUACACCAUCCUCACCACUCUGGUCAAAUAUUACAUCCAGGUGUGUGCCAGCCAGCACGGUGCGCUGCCGGCACGCUUUGAAAAGCUGGUGAGUCUGAGGUGUCGUUUUUUCUUGUUUGAAUCUUUUCGUACAUCUGAUGUCACGCUAAUCGAGUGUUUUUCUGUGCAGGUCAAACUGUCAGGCUCCCACCUAACGCCACAGUGCUACGCUUUCAUCACACACGCACAGAGGGGAGAAUUUGGUGGUGGAGGUGCAGAUGACAAGAAGAAAAAGAAAAGGAAUGAAGUGAACACUGCUGCCUCUGCAAAGCUUCUGCGUGAGACAACAGCCAUCCCUAACGUGAUCUUCAGUAUUGAGCAGUAUGAGAAAUACCUCAUCGCUCUGUCAAAGAAAUCAAAGGUGAAUCUGAUGCAGUACAUGAAGCUGAGCACCUCAAGAGAUUUCCGCAUCAACGCUGCUACUCUGGACGCAGCCCUGCAGGAGCAGGACGACAGUCAGGAGACCAGAGAGUCACAGGAUGCAGAGGAGACGCAAGAACCCAAACAGAAGAAGAGAAAACAGUGAGCCAAGACGCUGCUCCUUUGUUUGACACACGCACAUCUCCAGAUUCCUCGCUGAUCUUGGCCAGCUGCUGAACAGCCUCCUGGCAGUUGUGUGUUUGAACUGCUGUUCUGAAUAACACAAAGUGCUAUCUUCCUUUGUUCAGAGAGCCUUUAGUGAUGUCGAUGAUUUGGUACAUGUCCAAGGCCUCACCUGUGGAAAGUUUGCACAUAAUGUUUAACACUCUGGUUGAGUUCCUAUAGUUCACUUUAUUCAUUUUGUCAUACAACAUGUAUUUCUAAACAUCAAUUGUAGCAGUUUCUAACGGACACUUUUAAGAAUCAGUUAUUCAUUUAACGAUAAUACGGUUGUAACUAUAUAUAGUAAGAUGGCCAUACUUUAUCAGUCCUUGGCUAUACAAAGAAAAGAGGUGGAUCGAUGGUUUCCAAUAAAUUGCUUUGUGUCAAGUGCUGUUUUAUUUUAAAAUAAAUAUUAUUUUCUUUCUUA